CUCAAAAGUUGCGUGUUUGCAGUACGUUGGUGGCCGAGCUCCAACUGUGCAAACAUCCCUAAAUGUUGUGAGUGGUUGUGUUGUUAAGAAAUCAUGUUUUUACGUGUUUAGGAGCAAAUGUUGGUUAUUUUAAUCGAAAACAAGUGGGAUGGUCAGCCAUUUGGCCCAUUGAGAGUUUGCUAGUGUGUCAGUUAUGCACGGGAAUAAUUAGGCGAUUUAUGUGCAAGACAGUAAAAUCGGCUCUACUAACGCAAAGUUGAUUCAUCAUGGCACCGAAGAAGAAGCGUGGGGGGCAAAACCGAGUCACUUUUGCACCGAGUAAAAUGUCAACAAGGUCUGGUAAAAAGACCGCUACAAGUCCAAAAACCAGCAAAGCAAAAGUGCCGAAAAUGCCCAAAUUGGCCACGAAGGCGACAGCUAAGAAGGGAAAAGCGGUCCCUAAAGCCAAAAAAGCUGCACCGAAAAAAACCAAAAUUGAGGUUACGUCAACAGACUCUGAGCCACUCGAAAUGGAGUCGGAAAUUGAUAGCAAAAACAACGAUGAGGAUUUACAACCAGAACCCAUCGAGCAGGUUUUCCUCAAAAUGGAUGAUAAUUUCAUGGAAACGACUGAACCAGAAGGUGAAGAAACUGAGACUUGUGAAAUUAGAGAACAGCUCGAAAGUCUCAAUGUGGAGGAGGCCCACGAACCCAAACCAGGGAAUGAGGAGGUGAAUGAGCAUAGUAGUGAAGAAAGUGUGGUUGAAGAAGUAAUAGAGAUUGAUGGGUGUGGAGAAUAUGAGUACAUCACCGAGGAAUUCGUCCCAGUUGUGGAAAACGCCGAAGUGAUAAUUAUAGACGAUGAAGUGGAGGCAAAUAAUCAAGUGCAAGAAAAGCCGGAACAAAUAAUAAGUUCCGAGGAAAAAAUUCAAGAAAUGAAGCUUGACGAAACACCGCAAGAAGAGGCUAAAGUUGACGAAACAAAAAUUGUGGAGACACCUGAACAAACAAAAGUAGAGGAUAAACCAGCCGAAGAAACAGAGAUUGAAGAUAAACUUAAAGAAAUCGAGAUUGAGACCAAACUGAAAAAAACCGUGAUUGAGGAUAAACUUGAGGAAACAAAGGUUGAGGAUAAACCUGAAGAAACCAAAAUAGACGAUAAGCCUGAAGAAACCAAGAUAGACGAUAAACCUGAAGAAACGAAAGAACAACCAAUGGAAACUGUAACAGAGGAGGCACCUGAACCUGAACCCGAAAAUAAAACAGUUCCAGAGGAAGUUAAGAAAGUUGAAGAGCCCAAAAAACGCCCUGACGCCCCCAAAACGAAGAAGAAGGUCCCUAAGCCCAAAGAACCCAAGAAGAACCCUCCAAAAAAGAAAGCCGCGAAGCCCAAACCGAAAAAAGAACCCACCGAUAAAACAGAAGAAGUGAGGCGUUCGAGUCGGAUCAAGUCAAUUAAUGUCCUAAAGCAGCGCUCAAAAGGCCACGGUUUAGUAAAAUCAGCCAAACUCCCCCCUGACGAAAACAAAGAAUCAGCAACUACCCAGUCAAGUGAAGAAAAGUCCGAAUCGGCCACUUCACUCCCAGCCACCGAAGCCGACAACAAACCAGUCAAAGUCAAAUCUCGAUGGAGGAGAUCGAGCGAAUUAGAAAUGAACGUUCUUACACCGGCUGCGAUUGUGAUGGAGACUUGCGGAGACAGUGAAAAAAUUGCAGAAGCCAAUAAUUUGGAAAAUAAAACGAAACCAACUCACGACGAAGAAGUCACCACGCGAUUGAAACAGUUUGUACAUUUGAAGGAAAAUCUCUAUUUGACUGAUCGCAUGAGCUGCAAGGAGGCGAAGAAAAUGACCUGUGAUUGCUUCCUGACGCCGGAGGAGAUUGAAAGGGGGGAAUUGGGCUGUGGGGAAGAUUGCUUAAAUCGCUUACUAAUGAUAGAAUGUGGGGGUUUAUGCCCAGUUGGAGACAGAUGUACCAAUAAAAAAUUCCAAAAAUCGCAGUUUGCCCCAGUUGAGGUUUUUAAAACCGAGAAGAAGGGACUGGGGUUGAGAGCUGCAGCCAACAUUCCUUAUGGUGAAUUUAUUCUGGAAUAUGUCGGCGAAGUAUUGGACCCUGAAGAGUUUGAUAACCGUGCCGACGACUAUUCAAACGAUAAAAACAAACAUUACUACUUCAUGUCGUUACGAGCCGAUGCGAUAAUAGACGCAACAAUGAAAGGAAAUAUCUCACGUUUUAUUAACCAUUCCUGUGACCCAAACGCUGAAACUCAAAAAUGGACUGUUAAUGGCGAGUUACGUAUCGGUUUUUUCAGCACACGUACGAUCUUAGCGGGUGAAGAAAUCACCUUUGAUUACCGAUUUCAACGUUAUGGAAAAGAGGCGCAAAAGUGUUACUGCGAGUCGUCGCUUUGUCGCGGUUGGCUGGGUGAAGAACCGGACGAUGAAGACGACGAAGACGAGGAGGACGAAGAAGAGGAAGAAGCUGAGGAAACUAAAGACAAAGUCGAGGAAGAUAAACCAGAAGCUGAGAAAAUCGACAGUGAAGCAAAAGAAACCAAGAGUGUUGAAAAAGUGCAAAAACCUCCAGUGAAAGAGAAGAAGAAGAGAUCGCCACGGAAGAAACCGAGAAAAGAAUUGUUGGAGGACCUAGAUCAACUGGACGACGAAAUAGACAUGUUGGUGACCACAGGGUUGAAGAAUCAAGCUCACACUUUAAAACUGAGCAGAUUGAUGGUCAGAGCCAAGGAGCCCGGCCAACGGGCGAAGCUAUUGAGAGUCUUAAGAAGGGGCGAAUUACCAUGCAGACGACUUUUCUUGGACUAUCAUGGGUUGAGACUCAUGCAUGGCUACAUGACCGACGCCCAAGACCUGGCAAAGACUGACAAAAAAUACGAAUCACUCAGAUUGGAGAUGUUACAAACGUUAGCAACGCUGCCAAUCCCCAACAAAACGAUGCUGCAAGACAGUAAAGUGUUACCAACUGUUGAAAUAUGGUCCUCUGGUAAAGUUAACGAGUUGCCGGUGGAUUCUGAUAGUUCUUCGCCUCAAACCGAUCAGGAGCCAAGUCAAACACCCAAAGAAGAUGAUAAGAAAAAAGAGGAAAAUGUGAAGGAGGAAGAAGAAGUGAAAGAUGUUAAAAUGGAUGAGGAUGUGGAAAUACGCAAGUCCAGAGGAAUGGAAUUCCAGGGUAGCUCGGAAAAUGUGGGUUUUACGAACACACAUGGGAAGGAAUUAGCCGACGAAAUUUCGAGCAUUUUCCAAGAAGAAGACAAUACUUCGUCACCCACACCACCGGAGACCAAAAUCGUGAAACCCGAGGUGAAAUCUGACGAGCCUAAUUACCAGGAGGAGAUCACAGCUUUGGCCUUAAAACUGUUGGAAGAGUGGUCCAACUUGAAGGAAGUCUUCAAAAUUCCCAAAAAAGAACGAAUCGAACAAAUGAAAGAGCACGAACGUGAGGCCAACCGUGGCUACAUCGCCGGUUUGGGGUUGGAACAAGACGCCGAAAAGAAAAACGAAAGUCGCUAUCGGAUUUUAAAACGGUACAGAUCCAUUGAUAAAGUCGAUAACAGCGCGCGAAAAAACAUCAAACUGGAAGACCGGACGAUAGCCAACUUCCCCAAAUUGGGCAAAUACGAGCGGAGGAAAAUGUUUGCGUUGCAAGUGGAGCAAAGGGAGGAGGAGAGGCGGCGAAAACAGAGGGAGAUGUGGAGGCAGCAUGAGCAACACUGUAUUCUCCUCGGGACGGAUCCCCGCCUGACAGCCCCAUUUGACCCCAACAGGGGGUACCAGUGCAUAUGGAACCCCCAAAUCGGGCAAUGGCAAAACUACCCCAUCCAAAAUCCCAAUGUUAUUUUCAACCCCCAAAAUCCACCCGUUGUCUCAGGGAUGAACAACCCGAAUUAUCCCUACUUGCACCCUCCGGGAAUGAUCCCGAACAACGUGAACCCGCUGCACGCACUACCCAGUCUUCCAUACCAGGAGGAAGUGACCAAAGAGGAGGACUACUCACAAGUUAAGUUCAUGGGACCCAUUCCGCCCCCAGUCAAACUACCACCGAAAUGGAAAUGUGCCAAAGACAAGUACGGACGGCCUUAUUAUUACCACAUCAAGAUCAGGAAAAGUCAGUGGGAACCGCCACCGUUUUCGCAACCACAGGAGGAAGACUUGGAUGACACGAGCGAAACGUCUUCAAGCUCUGACACGAGUAGCUUGAGCUCGGACACGACCUCGGACGAGUCAGACAGUGACGAUGAUUUGGACGACUCCAAACUGUUGAUGCAGGUGAAAAGACAGAUGGAAAAACAAGUAAAAAUUGCAUUACCCGCCCCUGUUAAAACCGAAGAAGAUGAAGCUAGUCCCGUGGUCGAGGACAAGGAAGAAGAGACUAAACUUGAAACUCAAGUUUGUGAGGAAAAUAGCGAAGAAACACCUCAGGUUGAGGAAAACAAUGACGAGAAAGCGCAACCAGGGGCUAAGAAGCGACGAACUGGACUGGUCCAGGAAAUUAUCAUUAGUCCGAGGACUGAAGAGGACCGAUUGCAAUUCAAGGAAGACUUGAAGCGUUACAAACUAAAUAAAGAAAAGUUGAAGCGGGAGAAGGAAAUGAUCGUCCAGCAAACAAAAAAACACGCGAAGGAGAAGCGCAAAAGUACUAUUAAAUUGAAAAUGAGGGAAAUGAGUGAUUCCAACAGCGAAACUGCCAAGAAAGUUAAGGAGGUUUUCCGUUCGAAUAUGGCGACUGUUGUCGUCAGUGUUCUUAACGCGUAUAGAAAGCCGGAUUGUAAAGAAGGGAGAAUUACGAAUACAGAUGAUUUUAAGCAUUUAGCUAGAAAAUUGACUCACUUUGUUAUGUUGAAAGAAAUGAAACAUAUUGAGAAGAUUGAUGAUUUAGUCUGCACUGAAAACGUGAAAGCGAAAGCUAAGGAAUACAUCCGCAAAUAUAUGAGUAAGUUCGGAGAAAAUUAUCAGAAGCGAAAUGAUGAGCCCGAUUAUUAAUUUCAUUCAUUUUUUAUUUGUCUGUGAUAAAAAUCAUUUCAUUUUUCAACACUGUACGAGUCGAUAAGUAUUGUAAAAAUGUAUGAAUAAUUUAUAAUAAAAUAGGUGAAUACGUUUUCUAUGAAA